UUAAAUCCAAGAGCACAAUGGACAGACUCUUCACUUACAUUCUGUUCCUGUUGAAUUUGUCUGGGACUUUUAGUAAGAGUAAGUACAUUUACAUCGAAGAUCAGAAGACUUGGAAUGCCGCUCAGAAUUACUGCCGGGAAAAGUACACAGACCUGGCCCCUGUUAGUAAUGAACAGGACUUGAACAAACUUCAGAAGAUGAGACCCUCAGGCCUUGUCUGGGUAGGACUGCAAAGAAUUUUAGGCACAAAUAAUUGGACCUGGUCAGGAGGUGGACCAAUGGAGGUUGCUUGGACAAAUACGCAACCCGACAAUGGCGAGUUAGAUACCAAUGGCUAUAUCGAUGACAAAGGACUGAGUGAUGGAAAAGAAGCUGACAGUAGAGCCUUCUUCUGCUACAGUCCAACAGUGGUGAAUGAGAAAAAGACUUGGGAGGAAGCUCUGGAGUACUGCAGAAAGACCUACAGUGACCUCGCCAGUGUGGCAUCAGUGACCGAGAUGUUGCUGAUACAGAGAGAACUGAAAAAGCAAAACACCACAGGUCCCUUCUGGAUUGGAUUGCAUUUCUUCUUUAAAGACUGGCUGUGGGUGGACGGCCAGGAGCUGCGCUACGCAUCUUGGGGUCAAGGGGUAAAACCAACAUGUCCAGAAGUCCAGAGUGCAGAGUGUGCAGCCUUACAGGCAAUGGAAUGGUCGGCCAGUGACACAACCUCGGCUUCUUCUGGCACGUCUGUCAUUGGAAGUGUUUAUCAUUUUUUAGCAAAUACUUUGUGGAGAGAUAAGGCAACUCUUGCUGCAACUGUAUAUAAUAGUGGAGGUGUCUGGGGGGCUCAUAACUGUGAGAAAAAACUUAAUUUUAUUUGCUAUUGAGCAAGUUUGCAAAAUUAAUUUGAAUUACCCUUUAAUAAUUGUGGUUGCUAUACUUUGGUUGUUCAUUUCCAUUUGCAAUUUCUGUUUUGCUCCUUGAUUCUUUUCUUUCUUUCUAUGGUAAAGGGACACUUGAUCAAAUUAAAGAGUGCUGAAUAGAUUUGAAAACAUCAAAACAAUAAACACAGAAAGCAAACUCCGGUAGAUAAAAUGUCAUAAGUAAAUACAAACGAGAUUAGAGUAAUGUCUAUAUUUCAAAAUUAAUAAAAAGUCAGGCUGAAGAAGGAGGAAUUAAGUUUAGUACUAUUAUUUGCACUCAGGUCAGCUUUUUGUCCUGCAAUUUUAGACUGAAAACUGGGUUGUGCAGCAGGAUAUAAGUCCUACAUAAAUACAUACUGGACAAAUAAAACAUAAUUAAUAACAACAUAAGUAUAAUCCUAAAAGUGAAACUAUUUUCAAUCUUUUUUUGUUUGUUUUUUCUUUCUUUUGAUAUAAUGCUAAUCUUUUGGUUUUGGUAGAUUAUCUUUUAAAAUAAUAAACUCUCAUUUCACUCAGUUCCCAAAAUGUUUUAAUUGUUGUGCUUCAUGAUGAGUAAACAGAUAUUGAACUAUGUUGUGACAGAAUUUGGUUCUUUUACUGUAAAUAGAAAUAAUCAUGGUAAACAGAUGGAUGAGUAGGCUGCUUUUUCAGUUUUUCUUUUACUCUCACUACAAUAUCUGAAAGGCAAACCAGUGUAACUCUAGAAGAAGUAGGUGUCUUACAGUAAGUGCUCGGUUAGUGAAUCAGUUAGGCCUAUUAAAUACACAGUGUGUGAUUUUCUCAGGCAAAGGAAAGAAUCACACUACAAAUUAUGGCAGAUUUAAAAAUAAAAACCCAGUUAAAAUAAAAUCCAAGUCAAAUAUCAUCAUUAAAUUUCUUGCUUAGUUGGGGGAGGUCCCAGGAAACCAAUUUCUCUUUCUGACAUUUAGAACACAUGACACAAUUUCCUGUUUUGUUUUUUGUAGCAUGCACUAAAAGAACAUCUAUUUUUAUUAGAUUUGAGUGAUAUGUUAAAAUUUUCCAUCCUUACACAUGCUAGUAUCGAUUAAUUCCUUAUGUCUGUGAUACCUGUAGGAUUAUAGUUCAAACUAUACAUCAAACUGUACAUGAAACUGGUGUACAUUCAAGCAGCAUUUUUAAUGUAGCACAGAACAAACACCAUUGAGCAAACAGGUUGUUAAUUUAUUGCUAAACUGCAUAAAAAAAUGAUUUAGCAGUGACAGGUCACACAAGCUCGUAUGUUUGACACUGGACACAUUUUGAAGUUGGCCAACUGUGGAAUGUGUUACUUGCAGUGGCUGUUCAAUCACAGAAUCUCUGUGAAGUUUGCAAAGCAACACACGUCAUCUCUGGUGACAGCGUUUAAUUAUGCUAGACUUUUAAAAAGCAACAAAAAGCAACAGUGGUGCAGAGAGUCCAAAUACCUAUGUGUACAAAAGCUGCUUAUCUCUGCACAAAAGCCACUAGAUUUUUAGAAGAGACCGCAGUUUGCUCAGAGUUUUGAGAUCUUCGCUAUUUCAUUAAAAAUGCUUUUCUGAUAUGUCAGUUUUGAUGUCAAUAGUUAGCAAUGGAUAGAUAAAAGCUAAAGAUAUAAUGGUACAAUAUAUGGGCUACAAAAGGUCCAGCAAGGUUUGACGCUCUACCUUGUUGGACGCUGGCUGUGUCUGGGUCUGAGUCUGACACCUGCUGGACACUUUAUAUAACUAUCUUUGUGUGCAACUGUGUGCCGUUGACCUGUUUCAACUUACUGAGGAAUGGAUCAGUAUAUUUUAUUUACUUUCAUUUUGCAUAAAGAUAAACCAUAAAAAUGAAAAUGAAAUUUACAAACAAAGGCAGUGAAGAAAAAAACUGUGUAUACACAGGCUGGUCGGUUUUACAAGACCACUGUUUGUGUAACAUGCAAUAUAAAUGCACCUCAAAGAACGUGCAGGGAAAUGUGGACAAUCAUGUCUUUACCAAUUAUUAAGAAAUGACUGUUGCUAAUUUUGGUAAUGACAAUAAAAUACAUAGGGUCAAAGAUAACUGCUUUUUGGGAAAAAUAAUUGGAAGAAAUUAGAAGAUAUCAGUUUGUUGCAAUGUAAGCUUUACCACAGUGAAAAUCUGUUCAAGCAAGAUUUUCACUACAAAGCUGUCAAUAUAAGAAGUCACUUUCUGGAUGUAACCUAUGGAUAUGUAACCACCUAACUAUCUAAAUAAAUAAAUAAAU